UUGUUAUCAAUAGCGAAGUACAUAAUAUAAUUUGUUUUUCAGCACUUAAUUUUUACAACAUUUGUGUCCGAAUGGAUAUAUAUUGACGACCUUAAGUUUUAAAUUUUGUCGAAGUUCCUCCAAAGUCUAAGCGUUCUAUUAAUAGCUGAGAAUGCCUGGGACGAAUCUCAUCGUGCCCGUUGUGUUAUGGGGCAAAAAUGCCCCAUCGCAUUGCGUAUCUUCGGUAUAUUUAUCAAGAGAUCAGAAAACUCUAGUUACCGGAUGUUACGAUGGUCAGAUUUGUAUUUGGCAAGUAAAUCCCGAUACAUUGAAAAUGACUCCCCGAUGUCUGCUUGUGGGACAUACAGCUCCUGUUACUUGUUUAUCUAGGGCGUCGAUAAUUCAGGAUAAUAACUACAUAGUAAGCUCAUCUGAAGCUGGUGAAAUGUGUACUUGGGACCUGGUUGAUGGAAAAUGUAGAGAAAGUGUAAAAUUAACUCAGAUCCACACAAAUAUCCAGGCUUACCAUAUGUGCAAUAGUGAAGAUUUACGUCUCUUUUGCAACGGAUACUAUGCGGAGAUUCUUAUUAUGGAUCCAUUUUCUUUGGAGAUAUUAUUUUGUUUGAGUUCCAAGAUGAAUCCAGAUUGGAUUUCAGCGUUACAUGUGUUACGACCUUCUUCAAGAAAGGAUGAUGUGGUUUUAGCAAUUUCUAUCACUGGUACUGUGAAAGUAUGGUCUCUCCUCGGUCAUGAGAACAAACAAUCUGAGCCAAUCUAUGAGAAUGAAUCUAAACAGAUCCGCUGUCUGAAUGCGUUGUCACUUAACUGCUGUGCGUACAACCAGCGAACUGUGUUGGUCGUGUGCGCUAAGUAUUGCCAGAUAUAUGAUGCAGGAGAUUUUUCAGUCCUCUGUUCCAUUCAAGCCCCAGCAGGGGAACGCUGGAUGUCCGGAGAUUUUCUUGCCACGGACCGUGUCCUUGUCUGGUCCACUGAGGGCAAGGGAUAUAUGUAUAAGCUGCCAGCUAACUCAGUACCUGAUCACAAAGGUUUUCAUGGUCCGACCGUCGAGCAUGAUAGUCCAGUACUAUUUAGUAUUCUGGCUCAUCCUGAUAAUAAGCUGUUGUCAUGUCCGCCCGCGAUGCGAUUCGUGACGACAUCAGUGGGUGGCAAACAACGACGAUUGUUGCUGCGCGGCGAUUCCGCUGGUGUUGUGUCGCUGUGGAAUGUCGAUCAGGCGGCCACCCACGUCCACAACCAACUGCCUUCGCACGCGCCGAUAGUAAUGACUAGCUUGGACAUGGCAUGGGAAGAGAUGAAUCCAAGCCCCGUCGGUAUAUUGGAUCAGUUGAGUCAUCCGGACGAACAAGAAAUAAAGUUAACUGCGUCUAUUUAUCUUCUCGCUGCGAAUCGUUUGGUGGUCGGCAGAGAGGACGGCUCCAUAGUGAUCGUAAACGCGACUCAUACUGUGCAGUUGCAGCUAUUGCACGGUGGUCACCAACAAUUGGAUGAUUGGCCACCGCACCAGUUAUUGUUGGGACAUAACGGUCGAGUGAAUUGUCUUUUAUAUCCACAUCACAUUCAUCACAGAUAUGACCGGUCUCACUUAGUGUCAGGUGGGAUAGACUUCGCGGUGUGCCUGUGGGAUCUUUUCUCUGGCGCACUACUACAUCGUUUCUGUGUUCACGCCGGAGAGAUAACUCAGCUCAUAGUACCUCCGCAUAAUUGCAGUACUCGCAUACAGAAAUGCAUUUGCUCUGUUGCCUCCGACCAUAGUGUCACUUUACUCAGUCUGACGGAGCGUAAAUGUGUGACCCUGGCGUCAAGGCAUCUGUUCCCUGUUGUGAGCAUCAAGUGGCGGCCGGCAGACGACUUUAUGGUGGUGGGCUGCAGCGACGGUACAGUCUACGUCUGGCAGAUGGAGACAGGGCAUCUGGACAGAGUGUUGCAUGGUAUGAUAGCUGAGGAGGUGCUGUCUGCGUGCGACGAGACGGUCGCAGAUGACCUGGGCGGCUCGCUGGCGGCGGGUGCUGGAGACCUGCAGGGCCUGGCCAACCCCGCUGUACACUUCUUCAGGGGUCUACGUCAUCGUAACCUGACAGCGAUGCGUGCGGCGACAGCACGCGGGCUGGCGGCGCUGUCUGGCGGGCACGGCGCGGGCGGGGCUGGCCCGCUAGCUGAGCCCGCACGCGCCCGCCGCGCCCCCCUCACUGUACAGGGAUUCAGAUCUAACCCUACCGAUCCAGAGAGUCAUAUUCUUUUCUUUGACAUAGAGGGUCUGAUAGUGGAAUUACUGAGUGAGGAAUACUCUGCAAUGAGUCCUGCAAGUUUGGAGGCUGCCGGUUUGAUAACCAGCGAAUAUAUGAAAGUGGCAGCACUUACCCAGUCCGCAAGUCCUGAUGCUGCUAAACGUAUUUCUGAUUUCUUUGGACGUGUGAAAGACAAAGCAGGAGAUAUGGAACGCAUCUUGAAAGAAAAGGACAAACAUGGUAUUCUCGCUAAAAUGAAGGAGGGAGCUGAGACAAUGCAGACUAAGUUGCAGGCAAAAGCUGAACAGCUAAAAGGCGGUUCAGAUCAUAAAGAUGAACUUAACCAGAAGCGUAACCGUCCCCGCGACAUGUCGCUGGCGGAGCCCCCGCACACGAUGGAGAUUGCGCAGAUCCUGAUGUCGCUGCUGCACGCCUGGGGUCUCGACCCAGAUCUCGACAGGGUCUGCGAGUCCAAGCUCGGCCUGCUGCGACCUAUGGUGCCAGUGUGUUUUGGCGUCGUGUCCCGACACGGGCACAUGGCAGUGCAGCUGCCUACGUGGCUCGGUAGUUGGGCGGAGGCCGCGGCCGCAGCGCCCACCGACACCGCGCUCUUGAGCUCAGAUCUACCACCCGAGCUGUUAAGGCAGGAGAAACUUACCAGACUUUUCACAUCGAAGCUCCAUUGGGAGCUGAGCACGACGCUAACAACGAACCACUUGCUAUCUAUCGUCGCUCUGGCCAACACGCUCAUGUCUAUGAGCAACGCCAGCUUCGUGCCAGAGCAGGAGGUUGCGAGAAGGAUGCAUAGGCCGACGACGCGCACGUCGUCUUGGGGUGGGGACGAGGAGCGGGAGGAGCAGCUGGCCGCACAGCAGGCGCACAUCAAGCAGGGCUGGUCCCUGCUCGCCACGUUACAUUGUGUCUUACUACCUGAUAAGGUGGUCGCCGCUGGAGCGAAGAGCUUCAAGCGUCCGCAGGUGGAAAUGUUGGCGCGCAGAUGGCAACACCAGUGCCUGGAGGUGCGGGACGCUUCACAGGCUUUAUUGUUGGCUGAACUUGGCAGAUUGGGUCCGAAGGGACGUAAGCAGUUAGUGGACAGCUGGGCUCAGUUCCUGCCGCUCUACACUCACACCGAGAGCAUCAAUCCGCAUGCUGCUCAAAAAGAGCCCGUAGAAAAGCCCGAGGUAGAGUCUGAGGAGGAAGAAGAAGAGAUAGUCCGCAAGCCGUCGUCUCUCGCGGAGUUGAAGCGCAAGCAGACAACCGCUGUUGUACUGCUGGGUGUUAUAGGUGCAGAGUUUGGACAAGAUAUAGCCAGUGAAGGUGCUGCGGGCAGCAAGCGGAGGAAGGAUGGUGAUAGUAGAAAGAGUUCCAUUGUCGAAGGGUUCACUCUGAGUGCAUCCAACAACUUGGCCCGUUUAACUGCGUUGGCUUUGACACACUUACUGCUGGCUCCGGGCAGCGCCAAGCUCCCUGCGCACACGCCGCUGCGCCGCGCCGCCGUAGACCUGCUCGGGCGGGGCUUCGCCGUAUGGGAGCCCUAUCUUGAUGUCAGCCAUGUGCUGCUAGGUCUACUGGAGAUGUGCUCGGAUGCUGACAAAUUGGUACCUUCAAUGACAUACGGUCUGCCGCUGACCCCGCAGGCUGACAGCUGUCGCACAGCACGACAUGCCCUCACUCUCAUCGCCACCUCCAGACCGGCUGCAUUCAUAACGACGAUGGCGCGUGAGGUGGCGCGGUGUGCGGCGGCGGCUGCGGGUGCUCCGCCCCCGCCUGCAGCACUCGCCCUGCAGCGAGGCCGGGCUGAGGUACUGCGCGGCAUCGAGCUGCUCAUCGACAGGAUGCACGCUGAAGUCGCUGAAUUACUUGUUGAGGUGAUGGAUAUAAUUCUGCACUGCGUGGAUCAGUCGCAUCUGAAGAGUAAGGGUCUGAAUGAGGUGUUCCCCGCCAUUUGUCGCUACAACCAGGUCUCUCACUGUCCCGCUACGCGCAGGAUCGCAGUGGGCAGUCACACGGGGCAGCUGGCACUGUACGAGCUGCGUGCUGGGCGCUGCCAGUCGCUGGCGGCGCACGGGGGGCCAGUAACUGCCUGCGCUUUCAGCCCCGAUGGUCGUUACCUCGUCUCCUACGCCACAGCAGACAACCGCCUCUCCUUCUGGCAGACUACCGCCGGUAUGUUCGGUCUGGGCGCGGCUCAGACUCGCUGCGUGAAGUGUUACAGCACUGCGCCGAUGGCUGACGUGGCUCGUCUCAAUCCCGCCCGUCUCGCGCGUCUCGUUUGGACCAACUCCCGCACUGUCACACUCAUGCUGGCAGACGGAUCCGAGACACGGUUUAAUGUAUAAACUACCCCCUCAUCCCCCCCACACUCUCUCACAUCCAAUAUACUACUCCACUAACAUAU